AUGGCGACAGGACCGGUGCUCUACGCGGCGCUGCUCGGGCUCUCGGGCUACAUGCCGCUUGCGAUCCUCGUAUACUUGCGUCGGCGCGGGUACCCGUCAAUCCGGUUUGGCAACCCGGUGCAAACCGCGCUCUGCAGCUCGCUCGCGACGCUUGUCUCGAUCGGAAUGCUCGUGCUCUUGCUGCUCCGAGACUCGAUCUCGUGCGCUGUUCUCGUCGGCUUUGAGUACUUUAGCGUCAACGCGACGCUCAUUGCGCUCCUCGUGACCGAGCUCAGCAUCGUGCUCACGUUUGAGCUCACGGAAGAGAUCGCCGACCACCACGACUACAGCACGGAAUCCGCGACCAAGCUCUCGCAACAACGCAUCAAGGUCCUCCGCGCGAUGUUGUCGCUGCGCGGCCUCGGUCUCCUCUGGGGUGUCGCGCACAUUCUCUGGCUCGGGCUCCCGAUCGCGAUUGUCGGCCCCGAAGCGCUCGCAUCCCUCCCGUCCCCAAACGCGACCGUGACCGACUGCUUUGCGCCCGUGGGCGGGGACGUCUCGCCGCUCGCCAUCGUUUCGUUUGUGCACGCAAGCCUCUUCAUCGCGACGUACGCGCUUCUCUCGUACUUUUUAGCGCGCGUCAUGGACAACUUUGGGCUUUGCUUUCGGUACCGGCUCAUGGGCGGGCUCCUCGCCCUCGUCUUUCUUGGGUACGCUGUCUGCGUUGCACUCGAAGCCAACGCGGACCUCCAAGCGGUCGGCGCGCGCUACAUUCUGCUGAGCCUCGGCGGCCACGCGGUCGUGUUGGCGCAGAUCGUGUUCCCGAUAUUCGCAUCGCGCUCCGAGCGCAUUUACGAAGACGGCGCGAUGGUCCUGCACACGACCAAGAUGAACCUCCUCGAGACGUACCUCGAGACGGCAGAGGGGUACCGCGCGUUUGCCGAGUUUGCACGCAUCCAGUUCAGCUACGAGAAUGCGGUCGCGUGGAAGGCGUGUGCUGAUUUCAAAAAGGGCGGCGGCGACUCGCACGCGAUCUACAACACGUACAUCAAGGCGCAGUCGGUGCUCGAGACUAACAUUCCAGGCACGCUACGCAAGUACUACUUUGACAUCUUUGAGAAGAGCCGCAAGGGCCACAAGGUGCUCGGGUACCACACGGCGCUCGACAAGGACUUUGGCGUCUUUGAUAAGUUUCGAGACGCCAUUCUCAAGCUCAUGGUGCUCGACACGCUGCCGCGCUUUCAAAACCACGCGCUUGGAAAAGGCUGGAGCCCGUUUGUCGAGACGCAAGAGAGCCACUUUGUGCUCAACCACCUCAUGGACGCGAUCGAGCAGCCGAAAAACCUCGUCGUACCCUUUGAUGGCCAAGUGCAAACGGUCGUCGACCGCGUGCGUCGGGUGUCGUCGUCGCCGUCGGGCAAAGCCAGGAAAGAGUUUCUCCCGGACCGAAGAGAAUCAUAGCUUCCUAGUCUUUUCUAUACAGUACAAUAGUCGAUCUUUCACACAUAAUAGCAUUUUCGCCUUGGCCACA